CAUGUGAGGCAAGCACUCUUACCACUGAGCCACCACCUUCCCAACCCUCAAUUCUUAGCCUGCCUUAGGCAUACUAUGUAUAGUUUUGUGCCCCUUAGAUUCUCUGUUGAACUAAAGUGUUUUCUUAGGAUAUUCUGUGAACUAGUUCAUCCAGCAAGCAGUUUUAUCUUGGGUAUACUUCAAGGAAAAUGCUGAGUAAGCCCAUCAUUAACAUUUAGUCAAAGACUGUGUGUGACAAGAAUGUUGGCUUUAUGAUUCUUAUAACUUUAAAAUCAGAGAUGUGCCUGUUUUAGUGUUAAUACUUUAGUGUCUGGGCAAUCUAGGUAAGUAUAAAAGAAGACAAUCUUAAUAGUAUCCUAAGUAACACUGUAGUUUAUUUUUUUCCCAUACCUGUGACAGCUGACAGUUCGAGAAGCUAUUAAUCAAGGUAUGGAUGAGGAGCUGGAAAGAGAUGAGAAGGUAUUUCUGCUUGGAGAAGAAGUUGCCCAGUAUGAUGGGGCAUACAAGGUUAGCCGAGGCCUGUGGAAAAAAUAUGGAGAUAAAAGGAUCAUAGACACUCCGAUAUCUGAGAUGGGUUUUGCUGGAAUUGCAGUUGGUGCAGCUAUGGCUGGGUUGCGGCCCAUUUGUGAAUUUAUGACCUUCAAUUUCUCUAUGCAAGCCAUUGACCAGGUUAUAAACUCAGCUGCCAAGACGUACUACAUGUCUGCAGGCCUCCAGCCUGUGCCCAUAGUAUUCAGGGGACCUAAUGGUGCCUCAGCAGGUGUGGCUGCCCAACACUCACAGUGCUUUGCUGCAUGGUAUGGGCACUGCCCAGGCUUAAAGGUGGUCAGCCCCUGGAAUUCAGAGGAUGCAAAAGGACUUAUUAAAUCAGCCAUUCGGGAUAACAAUCCAGUGGUGAUGCUAGAGAAUGAAUUGAUGUAUGGAGUUUCCUUUGAACUUCCUGCAGAAGCUCAGUCAAAAGAUUUUCUGAUUCCCAUUGGAAAAGCCAAAAUAGAAAGGCAAGGGACACAUAUAACCGUAGUUGCCCAUUCGAGACCUGUAGGCCACUGCUUAGAAGCUGCAACUGUACUAUCUAAAGAGGGAAUUGAAUGUGAGGUAAUUAAUAUGCGUACCAUCAGACCAAUGGACAUUGAUGCCAUAGAAGCCAGUGUCAUGAAGACAAAUCAUCUUGUAACUGUGGAAGGAGGCUGGCCACAGUUUGGAGUAGGAGCUGAAAUUUGUGCCAGGAUCAUGGAAGGACCUGCAUUCAAUUUCCUGGAUGCUCCUGCUGUUCGUGUCACUGGUGCUGAUGUUCCAAUGCCUUACGCUAAGAUUCUAGAAGACCACUCCGUACCUCAAGUCAAAGACAUCAUAUUUGCUAUAAAGAAAACACUGAAUAUCUAGCUUGGACUUGAAUAUCAAGUCCUUGGGAUUUAUUUAAAACACUUGGCUGGAGCUUCAUCUGGAUUGUACUUGUAAGACCUUACUAUUCAGAAAGUAAAGUUAUCUCUAAAGCAACAAACAGGUGUUUUUGUACUCCUAAGUUCAAAUGUCUCCCGUCAUAGACUCCAUGUUUUCUGUUACAAUUGUCUUGUCUUUUGAGUAAGGUUAGUGUAAAAUUUUAUCCUUUAACCAGAAGGACAAGAUAUGAAUGUGGCAGGGUGCUGAUGAAAAGUAUAUUCAAAAAUGGUAACUUAUAUGUAUUAAAAGUGUAUAAUCUAGGUUGACUAUUAGAUUGUUUUGAUAAUAAAGGAAUGCGUAAGUA